CCUAAGCAAUACGCUGCCAAUCUGCCAUCGAGACGGCGUUGGUGCCUGCAGCCUGCUGGACGUGCACCCCUUCCCUGCUCCCCAUCUAUUUCUUUCUCCCGUUCACCUCUCCCCGCUCCCCUCUUCCUCUCCCUGCCCCCCUCCCCCUCGCGACCUUCCUUUCCUGGCGGCGGCGACUGGGCAAGCCGCGGCGCCCUUCGCACGUCUUCACCGGGCCCUUCGCCGGCGACUAGCACCCACCAGUGCGGGAGGAUGGCGGAGCCGUCCAAGGUAAUCCACAUCCGCAACGUUGGGCACGAGAUUGCUGAGUCUGAUCUACUCCAGCUGUUGCAGCCGUUCGGGCUGGUCUCCAAGAUUGUCAUGCUGCGUGCCAAGAACCAAGCUCUUCUGCAGAUGGAAGACAUACAUGCCUCUGUGAGCGCGCUGCAAUAUUACAGUUCUGUUCAACCUAGUGUAAGGGGAAGGAAUGUAUACAUGCAAUUCUCAUCCCACCAAGAACUUACCACAGACCAGAGCUCCCAUGGAAGGAAUUCUGAUCAAGAGUCUGAACCCAACCGAAUCCUCUUAGUUACUAUCCACCACAUGAUCUAUCCUAUAACGGUGGAGGUUCUACAUCAAGUAUUCAAAGCUUAUGGAUUUGUGGAGAAGAUAGUCACAUUUCAAAAGUCAGCUGGUUUUCAAGCUCUUAUUCAGUAUAACUCGCGCCAAGAAGCUGUGGAAGCAUUUGGUUCUUUGCAUGGAAGAAACAUAUAUGAUGGUUGCUGCCAGCUAGACAUUCAAUAUUCAAACCUCAGUGAACUGCAAGUCCACUACAACAAUGACCGGUCUAGGGAUUUUACAAAUCCAUCAUUGCCUACAGAACAGCGUCCUAGGACCUCUCAGCAGCAAGGUUAUCCUGAUCCAGCUAGUCUCUAUGCCUUCCAACAACCUGGAGCUUCGUAUGCACAGAUGGGAAGAGCUGCAAUGAUUGCGGCUGCGUUUGGUGGAACGUUACCUCAUGGAGUGACUGGUACCAAUGAACGGUGCACGCUCAUAGUUAGUAAUUUGAACACUGACAAAAUUGACGAGGAUAAGCUUUUCAAUCUGUUUUCUUUGUACGGAAACAUAGUACGAAUCAAGAUAUUGCGUAAUAAACCAGACCACGCCCUAGUUGAGAUGGCUGAUGGUUUGCAGGCUGAGCUAGCUGUGCAUUAUCUAAAGGUACAUUCAGACUCACCGGUUCUCUUCUCAAUCGCAUUCUUAUCUUCUGUUCACAUCUGUGACUAUUGUCUUCUAUUUGGAAUGCCUAUAUUUUUGCAGGGCGCAAUUCUAUUUGGGAAGAAACUGGAAGUUAACUACUCAAAGUACCCCAACAUUACGCCCGCCCCUGACGCACAUGACUACUUAAACUCAAGCCUUAACCGGUUCAACAGCAACGUGGUCAAGAACUACAGACAUUGCUGCGCUCCAACAAAGAUGAUCCACAUUUCUGCCCUCCCCCAAGAGAUCUCCGAGGAAGCAAUCCUCAAUCACGUGUCUGAGCAUGGUUCUGUCAUCAACACAAAGCUGUUUGAGGUGAACGGCAAGAGGCAGGCUCUCGUCAUGUUUGAGACUGAAGAGGCGGCGACCGAGGCCCUCGUGUCGAAACACGCUAGCACACUGGAGGGGAACACGAUCCGGAUCUCUUUCUCCCAGAUGCAGAGUAUAUAAGCCACUCUUCCAGGGAAAGGUCUUUAGCCGCUCUCUUGGCCUUUGUGAGCUUUGUUUAGGAAGCAUUUGAAACUAAGAUGUGAAUCCUAUGCGCUGUUCUCCCAGACUGAUGCUCUGUCUGAGUUGUACUACCCUGACAUUUGGUUUCUUCUUCGUUUCUCGUGACACUGGCCUUGCACCAAAGGGUUUCUCUUCUGUUUCUUCCCUGUUCUGUCGUUUAGGUUAUCAAAGGAUUUUACCCCCUUCAUGUCAUGCUAUUCUGAGUUGAAAGGCCUGCUUAUUGUGUGGAUCAUCUCUUA